AUGGCCAAUCCUACUACUUCCCCUCCGGCAGUGGGUCCCAGCACUUUGAUUACAGUCAAGGUGCUGUACAAUGACAAUACUCGCCGCUUCAAGAUUCCGCUGAAAGAGCUUGGAGCUCGCACUUUACCCCAGAAUCUUCGCCAACUCCUGAGCGUCCCCGAAGACGCGAACGUGGUCUUCGAGCGAUACUCCGACAGUGCUAGUUGCUAUGUGCAUCUGGACAGUCAAAACCCAGCUGUCUACAAACAACUUUACCGGGCUGCCAAAGCGAAACUCAAGCUGCGGAUCAAGGUCACCACUGUAGAUGAGACCGCCCCUCAGCCUCCCGUGGAGGAAAGCCUACCAGAGCAACAGAAUGUUUCGCGGUACAGCUAUCUAGAAACCGUCUUGAGCUCUCCACUCCCUGAAUCCCAAGCUGAGACUGAACCUAACACGGCAUCCGCCUCCACUUCGGCCACUAAUCUAAUUGACAACGUGGUUUGCCCUAUUCCAGCAGAGACUCAGUCCAUGCAGUGGGGCGCUGAGCCUUCUUCCCAAUCGCAGUUCCGCGAAUUUGCGUUCGACAGUCCUCGCUUCCCGAUUAUGUCCCAUGCUUCCCCUAGCGGAGUGUUCUGCAUUGAUUGCAAUCGCUGCGGUCUGUCCAUUCCCAAUGAACACUAUCAUUGCAGCCUUUGCGAUGAUGGGGACUAUGACCUCUGCCCCCAGUGUGUGGACAGCGGAGCCACCUGUCUCAACGAAGAGCACUGGUUGAUUAGACGGUCCAUCAAGGAUGGCAAGGUCACCACCAGUACCACCGAGACAAUUCCUCCCCGGAAAGUUGCGGUCGAGGAGGCUAAGGAGGUGCCUGAGGCUCCCGUGCCAGAGCCAGUCCGAGAACUUUCUCCUGAGCCCGCUCCGGCUCUGGCUCCGGCUCCGGCUCCGGCUUCAGCCCUCGCUGCACCAGAAAUUACUGAUCUGCGAAUUUGCAACGAUUGCCUUAAAGAACUUGAUGAGAAUCAAAUCGUCUCGUGUGCUGACUGUGAUGACUAUGACCUCUGCAUUACAUGCCUUCUGAAGGACUCGCAUGGUCACCAUCCCGCCCACACAUUUGCUUUGCUCAAGGAUCGUCAGUUCGCUUUGAAGAGCAUCGUCCAGUCUAGAUGCAAUCCCGGACGUCAUCACCACCAUGCAGCGAUCUGCGAUGGAUGUGAGAAGCGUAUCAUUGGUGUUCGUCACAAGUGCUUAACUUGCCCGGACUGGGAUUACUGUACCGAAUGCUACGAAAAUGUCGCUCAGCGACACCCCGGUCAUCGGUUCGCGCCGCUCUAUGACUCGAUCGCUGAGCCCCUGAUCAACCAUGAGGUGCAUUAUGGUAUCUACUGUGACGGCCCUCUAUGCCGGACCAAGUCUUGUCCCACAUUCAUCACCGGCACUCGCUACAAGUGCUCCGUGUGCCACGAUACCGAUUUUUGUGCCAGUUGCGAGGUUCACCCAACAAAUACGCACAAUCGAACCCACCCGUUGCUCAUGCUUAAGACGCCCGUGCGUGAUGUUCGGGUCAGCACCUUUAAUGAAGCUGGACAAGGAGUGACUACUCUCGGCGACCGCCUCCAGAAGUCCAUCUCAACCGAAGCCACUACUCUUGGUGAACCUGAACCCGCGGUCCAGGAAGCGCCCGAACCAGUGGAGCAGGUUGGUGCGGAGGCGAAACCUGUAGAACAAGCCAGCCCUGUUGUGAAUACCGAGCCAGCCCCCGUUGCACAGACAUGGGAUGUGGAUCCCGCUUCGGGGUACCAGGCUUUCUUCAUUCGUGACACCAUCCCCGAUGACACAGCCAUGGCUCCCAACACUCCUUUCCAGCAGACGUGGACACUCUUCAAUCCUGGUCCCAUGGCUUGGCCUGCGGGGACGGAUGUGCGGUUUGUGGGCGGUGAUUCGAUGUUUAAUGUGGACACCAACCACCCAUUGAGCGUCGAUUCCAUCGCCACUGCCAUGGAGAGCAACAAGAUGAGCCAAUCUCUAGAGCCCGGUCACAGUGCCGACUUUACAGUGACCCUCAAGACCCCCAGUCGUCCGGGUACUGCCAUCUCCUAUUGGCGGCUCAAGCUCCCCAACGGCAUGCCUUUCGGCCACCGUCUGUGGUGCGAUAUUCAAGUGCGUGAACCGACUCCAGAGACGGAGGCUCCCUCGUUGUCAGAGGACGUCAAAGCUUCCCCGGCUGUGGAGCCCAGCCAGCCUGAGCCCGCUGGUAGUCAGAUGAUUUUCCCUAAGCUAGACAAGGAGUCACCAGAGUCGAGCACGCACGAAGCUGCUCGCACGGCUCCUACGGCUCCCUCGGUAUCUUACCGCUCGGAGCAGGAUGUGCUGGAUGACAUGGACAGUUUGACCUUGGAUGAUGAGACAGACGUUGGCCUCUUGACCGAUGAGGAAUACGAUAUCCUGGAUGCCAGCGACCAAGAAUACCUGGAGGCCAAGUCCCAGCAUUAG